AUGAGCGACUCAGCAAAACACUCCCACACUGAGUUCGCGCGCAAAGUCGUUCAAAAUCUGCUCAAGGCGGUCCAGGAAGCUGCAAAGGAGCCCGGAAGCAAGUCAUUUUGUGUAGCAUUCGAAGGAGAGCUUGCCAAUGUCGAUUCUCAUCUGGAAAAAUAUUUGGAUGGACUCGGUAAGGCGUUGUCCGAGUCUCGGAUCAUGAAGCUCUUAGACACUCUCCAAAACGUAUACCAGCGAAGGUCAGACAUUUCAAAGGGUAUCUUCGUUAACCAGCCAUUUCUCUCUGCUCGCUUUGGUGAAACGAAUGAGCCAUCACGGCCCAAUAACAACGCUUUCAGAUCACAUGGAUUUCCGAAAUUACUUGCACUUGGCAUCAUGCUCAUGGAGAUCGAGCUCAAUGUCAGAAUCGAGGAUUACAGGAUGCCAGAUCUCAACUCCAAUUCUCAACCUACUGUUAAUGAUGAACAUUUCGCGGCUAUGAAUCUUUUUCGAAGAGAACACCUAUGGGAGGAACAAGAGACAUUCCAAGUUGUCAAGGAUGUUAUUGAAAUGUGUUUGGUACCAGACCGGUUCAAUCCAUUACUCAAUGACGAAAAAGGCCUCCGAGAUGCCCUGAAGAAGAAUAUUGUGAAUUCACUUCAUGCGCUUUAUAUGCCUACCUGGGGUGAUCCAGAGACUUCUCUAAUUCGCCCAGCACGAUUCAAUCAUUCUGCCAUCUCUCUUCUCAGGACCGAUGAAAGUCAGCCUCGCCCGGUGUCAUCGCCAGUUCUGUCCGUAUCUCCGCAGUUAAAGCCUGAAUCACCAGAGCAUCGUUUCCUUGAGUGUUCAUCCAAGCCGCAUGAUUAUCUUGGUUCACCUGUGACCUCCGAUGAUUGGUUCGCAAAGUUAGAUGAUCUGAGCUUCUUCCUUCGACCGAAGCAGACGGAUGUGGACGACACAUAUACGCCUGUACGAAUCGCUAUUCUUGAUACCGGUGUUCGUUAUGAUUGUAGAAGCUUUGUCGAGGAUUUCAAAGACUUUGAGGACCCAAGUAACCUGGAAUGUGCCGACAACACAAACCACGGAACAAAUGCCGUAUUCUUAACCAAAAGGGUAUACAAACAGGCUAGAAUAUUUGUUGCCAGGGUGUUCAACAACUCACAAGCAACGAGCAGAACCCCUGUCCUCAUGGCAGAAGCAAUCCACCACGCGAUUCAAAUGUGGAAAGCCGACAUCAUAAUCAUGCCAUCGGGAUUUAGCUCGGAAAAUAUCGAGUUGGAGCGAGCUGUUGACGAAGCCCGGAAUGCCCAUGUCCUGGUCUUUGCAGCAGCCUCGAACUUUGGCAACAUUGAGCAUAUCGCGUUCCCGGGCCGUCUUUAUGCUCACCUGAGGCUAUUUUGCAUGUUCUCCACGGAUCCAAACGUCCGCGCCCUUCCCCAUUUCAAUCCAACGCCAUCUUCAAGAGCAAGACACAGUUUUGCUAUUCUUGGUGAAGGAAUUCGGCUCGCGCAAGAUAUAAACCAGUCACUGUCAGGAACUUCGUUUGCAACAAUGAUUGGUGGCGCGCUCGCUGCUCGCAUCUUGGACUUUGCAAGACAGAAGGAGAUUGGCAAAAGAAUUCGACAAGUUUAUAGGCUCCACACUGUCGAGGGCAUGUCGGCGAUCUUCGAGAAAAUGGUCAAUGGCACUGUUGAUAAUGGUUACCAUUGUAUGGCGCCAUGGAAAUUGCUUCGAUCCGAAGUAGAAAAUCAAGGGUCUGCCAGCGAAAGGCUGUUACAGCGUAAAUAUGUGCGCGAGACGAUAUCGAGAGCAUUGGCAGAUAUGCAUAUUUCUUGA